AUGAUCUUUACCUUCCUCAACUACGGGUCCGUCAUGGCCAUCGCGUACUACCUGGCAAUUUGGUUCCAGGCUGCCAAGGGCGAGACAGCUACACAUGCUGGAAUCAACACGAUUCCAAUGGUUAUAGCCAUGGUCCUAUCGAGCAUUCUGUCCGCCAAGAUCACGCAGUUCAUAGGUUACUAUAUCCCCAGUCUAAUUGCCUGUCCACUCCUCAGCGCUGUUGGAGCAGGCAUGCUUUCGACCAUGACGCGAUACUCGGACCACAGCUACUGGAUUGGGUAUCAAGUCCUGUUCGGUUUCGGUCUCGGGUACGGCGCACAGCAGACGAGUCUCGCAAGCCAUAGUGUUUUGCCAAAGAAGGAUGUGCCGCUAGGACUGGCGCUGGGCUUCCUCAAGCAGCAGCUCGGCGGCGCAGUGUUCCUUUCAGUCUGCCAAAACACAUUUGCGACAAAGUUGAUAGACCGUCUCUCUGGCGUCGCCGGUCUGGACGCGCAGAAAUUUGUCGAUACCGGUGCAACAGACAUUUGGGCAAUGGUCCCAAGCGAGGAAAUGGAUAGGGUUGUGGAAGCCUACAAUUUCGCCAUUACACGUGUCCUUCUCCUGGCUGCUAUCCCCAGCGCGUGUACCAUUGCGGGUGUGGCUAUGAUGGAAUAUAAGGGUAUUAAGGGCAUGAAGGGAGCAAAGUCGGCAGACGAUGAAGCAAAGAGCGUCGAUAAGACAGAGAAGGUUUAG